GCAACGCCGGAAGUUUAUGGAGAAGUGCGUAUGUCAGAGAGAAGGCAGUCAUAACAUCUCAUUGUUGGAGGCUUUAACAAUGUCCGGGUUGUCAAGAGAAGUGUUGAGGUGGAUCCAAAGUCUAGACUUGACAUGGCAAUUGAAAACACCGAAGUGGGAUUUGACGAAUGGUUACCUCGUAGCUGAGAUAUUUUCAUGGUACUUUCCGCAAGAAAUACAGAUGCAUUCAUAUUACAAUGGAACAUCACUAGAUCCAAAACAGAAGAACUGGUCUUUGUUGAAAAAUUUCAUCAAACGCCAGCACAUUGAUAUUCCGGAAGAUUACGUAGAAGGCACAAUUCACUGCAAGGAGGGAGCUGCCAAUCUUCUCACAGAGAGGAUGUAUGAGAUCCUCACAAACAGGAAAGUGAAAAAAGUCCCUUCAGAAGUGGAGGUGGACUUCACUGACAAGGCCUACCAGAGCAAGCUGCCUAUGCAUGCCAGAUCCACAGCCUCUAAGUCCAUCAAAAAUAAUCUACGUGUCACAGAAAUCAUGGCCGAUCAGGACCUCAUACUCAGUGCACAAAAGGCACAGAAAAUAAUUAAUGAUCACAUCGAUCACCGAAGGGUGGAAAGAUACGAAGAUCCACAUAGGUUUAAUGUCAAACUAACUAUUGGUGAAAAAAGUCUACGCAGACCACCACCUCCACUGAAGGAGAAGUCUGAUGCAAGCCAAGCUUUGGAAGACACUGAAUGUAUGCCAGCACGGGAACAUACUGAUACUUCAAAUGGCCAGUCAAUGGCACGAGAGCCAAGUGUCCACUUCAAGGAAGUCCAAGUGAAUCAAGUGGACAAAUCAGCAUUCUACAAUAUGCCCAUCCAGGGCUACUAGUCCUUGUCUCAUGAUGGAGAGAGGCUGUCAGCUUUUGUCUAAAACAGGAUGUCAAACUUUGGGAUAUUAUCAUUCAACCAGCAGAAUUAGUUGUUUGAGAUAAAUCAACUCUUGCCAUUUUGGAACUUUAAUACUGACAAACAGCUGCAAGAAAAAGUUGUAUUAAUUCUCUGUCCUAAAAUCAUUGUCACAUUUUUGGUAAGUUUCUGUGAAUUUAUAUAGUUUAUUUUAUUUCAUUUCGUCAAAAAAAUUCUUUGUUUGUUGCAAGUGCUGAAAACACUUUGAAUCUAUUUGUAAAAAGGUACAAGUGGCUGUAGUACUUAUGGUGUAGCCCAUAUACUGUAUAAAAUUGUAGAUGACAGGCAUUGUAAAUAAAUCAUUGACGUUGCACAUUGUACAUUGAAUGAUUCUGAAUAAAGGUGUAUGAAUACAACCCAA